AUGGCCGAGGAACAGAAGAACGUCGAUGUCCCUCAGGAGACCAAGCCCGAGACCACUCCCGCUCCCGCCACCGAGACCCCCGCCGAGUCUGCUCCCGCCACCGAGGACAAGCCCGCCGAGGAGGCCAAGCCUGCUGAGAGUGAGGAGUCCAAGGCUGAGGACAAGAAGGAGGAGGUCAAGCCCGUCGAGGAGGGCCAUCUGGGCCACAAGGCUCAGGGCUUCAGCUUCCCCAGGAGCCUGAUUGCCAGCAAGGAGUUCUUCUUCUUCGGCACCGACGCCUUCGAGCCCAAGGCGCUCGCCCACUACCUCAAGACCGAGAAGUCGGCCGAGACUGCCCACAGCAACAUCGCCUGGGCCUCCCACACCGGUCAGGGUCUCCUCUUCUUCGGCGACAAGAAGAACCCUUCCAGCAUCAUCAGCCUAGCCGAUGCCACCGAGCCCGAGACCGAUGGCUCCUACAAGUUCCACUUCACCUCCAAGGGCAACAAGCACAGCUUCAAGGCCGCCAACACUGCUGAGCGUGACAACUGGGUCGCCCAGCUGAAGCUCAAGAUCGACGAGGCCAAGGAGCUCGCUGGCACCGUCACCGAGUCUGAGGCUUACAAGAACACCAUUGAGAGCUUCAAGCCUGCUCCUCUCCAGGAGGAGGCCAAGGCCGAGGAGCCUGUCUCUGCUCCCGCCACCGAGGAGACCCCCAAGGAGACCACCAAGGAGGAGCUCAAGGAGGAGCGCAUCACUCGAAUACUCCAGCAGCUGCAGGACAGGGUCGAAAGCCUAGAAAACCAGCUGAAGGAUAUAAAGGAUAUGACGACGAAGAUGGAUAAGAACAUGGAGGCAUUAAUGGGUAUGUUCAAGGAAUGCAUGACGGCAUCUGCUGUCACUUCUGCGGCGACUAAGUAG